AUGAAGCUGUUAUCGCUAUUAGUUAUUUUUAGUAGUAUUUUAGCUGGUAAAGCAAUAAGUGCCCUAUUAUGGAAUGAAACUUAUCCGAAAGGUGAAGUAAUUCGAUUGGGCGAUUUUGAUAUAUAUUCAGUUGGAAAAUCUAAUGGUAAUUUAUCAAUAAUUGUCAUAUAUGAUAUUCGUGGUUUUAAUAUAAGUCAAACACGUGUAUUUUGUGAUCGUCUUGCAUCUGAAUAUUUUGUUCAUAUUGUUAUGCCAGAUUUUUUUCGUGGUACAGCAGCUCCAACAAAUGGAAGUAUGAGCACAUGGUUAGCUGAUGUUAGUAAUUGGUCUAAAGUUUCAAAUGAUCUUAAAAAUGUUGCCAAUUGGUUAAAUAAAUCAUUUUCAACAAAUCGAAUUGCUGUAAUUGGAUUUUGUUGGGGCGGUUUACAAGUUGUACGUGCUUGUUCAAAUUUAUCAACAAUAUUUUUUACAGGUAUAUCAAUUCAUGGUGCAUCACUAACUUCCGAUGAAGUUCGUCAAUUACAACAACCAAUGUUAUUUAUUGGUGCUGGUAGUGAUCCACCAUUACAACCGUAUUUAUCCGAUGCAAUUGAACAAUCAAAUUCUAUUAUAAGUAAACAAUGUGAAUAUAAAACUUAUUUGGAUAUGCGUCAUGGAUUUGUUGCUGCUAGUGCAAAUUAUUCAAAUCCAGAUAAUGUUAAAGCUAUUGAUGACGUACAUUUGACAGUGAGAAAUUAUCUUGAUAAAUUAACAAAAAAUAUAUCUGUAUCAUUAUCGAUAAAUUUUUAUUUUCUAUUAAUACUUUUAAUAUUUGCUUUUCAUUUACAUUUAUAA